AUGACUAAAAAGGAUGUUUUUUAUUUGCAGGACAUGUCCGAAUAUAAAUGUGAAUCAGGAAAACCGCCGGUAUAUGUCCCUUAUAAACCAGUAACAGCAGUUAUUGGGGCAUCGUUUAGCGUCGUUUCAAUUAUGGUCGCGAACAUAUUGCGUCUAUUCAAGAUACCACAAGUUAGCUACGCGUCCACAAGUACAGAGCUUUCGGACAAGUCCAGGUUUGAAUACUUUAGCCGAGUCGUACCACCUGAUAACUUUCAAGCUCAAGCCAUGGUCGAGGUCAUAAAAGCUCUCGGGUGGAAGUACGUGUCCACCGUUGCCGUUGAAGGCGAUUAUGGAGAAAAA